UAAAAAUAAUAAUGAACAACAACAACUUGAAAGUGAAGAAAAAAAUGUACAAAAAUCUGGUGGUGAAAUUUUUAUACCCUUGAAAAAUAAUACGAAUGUUAUUAGUAAUUUGGGUAAUUUUUUUAAGAAAUCAUUUCAUAUGGCUCAUAAAAAAAAUAAGACAAAUGAUAGAGAAGAAAUUUAUAAUGAUGAUGAUAAAUCAACAAUGGAAUAUCCAGUUGAAAUAAUACUUCCAGCUUCUGGUUUUGAAUAUGAUACAUCAACAAAAACAAGUACAACAAGUACAACAUCAACUACAUCAACAACAACAACUACAACAACAACAGAAAGUCCAAAAACAUUUAAUGUUUUACAAAUUGAUAAUCAGCAUGAAUACCCAAAUGACAAUGAGAAUGAACAUGAGAAUCAACGUUUACCCUCAGUUUCAAAAACAUUUAAUAUUUUACAAAAUGAUAAUCAGCAUGAAUUUCAAAAAGAAAAUGAAAUUGAACAUGAGAAAGAACGUGUUCCCUCAGUUUCAACUAUCAUUGGAGGAAGACAUGCAUCAUUUGAUUUUGAAAUUAAAACAAUACCACUGUAUCGAUCUAAUGAAAAAUCAAUUUGUUAA